UAGGUUAACUGUCAGUGUCAUGUAAAAAAACACAAUUAUGUCCUUGUUUUGAUGUGAAACGAAGUCACAUGUUUAAGUUAAUUAAAUCUUUGAUAGUGGUUUAUAUUUAUGUGAGAAAUCAGUGAUAAGAAGCGAGUUGAGUAAGACGAUUACAGAAAACUGUAACGAUAACGUUGACCUCGUGUUAUCAAUCAAUGUCGUUUCUGUCAAAUGCUAACCCUGGUGCAGAGUUUUUGUGGGUUUAUUCUAAAUCAGGCUGUUAAAAAAAUUAAUUAAACAUUAGGGACGUUUUUUUGUUAAACAAUUUGUGAUAAUUUUUUAUGAGAUUUUUGUGUUUUGGGAAUGGACACAUUUUUAGCUAAAGCCUAUUGCCAAGAGGGUGGUGGGUACUUGCGAAGAGCCAAUCCGCAGCAUUUACACGAUAUUUUCAACAAGUAUGCGUCGCAAGAAAAGAACGGGGAGAGAUUUAUGACCCCGGAGGAUUUCAUUAUUAAAUAUCUCGGCUUGUUCGAACCGGAAAAUUUUAAUGCUCAUUCGGUGCGUCUUCUCGCCGGAAUUGUCGACACGAGCAAGGAUGGACUCAUUUCCUACUCGGAGUUCCAAGCUUUUGAAGGACUCUUGUGCUUCCCGGACGCGCUCUAUAAAACGGCAUUUCAAUUGUUCGACACUAAUGGAAAUGGAAUGGUUAGUUUUCAGGAAUUCGUUGAGGUGAUGAAGAAAACUGAGCUCCAUGAACGCAUCCCUUUCAACAUGGAUUCGCCCUUUAUCCAGCUGUACUUCGGGCGCGAUAAGAAACGCCUAGUGCCCUACAGCGAGUUCAGUCAGUUUCUGCACGAUUUCCACGAAGAGUACGCAAUUGAAGGCUUCCGAAGGGCUGAUAAGACGGGCAGUGGGUUCAUUUCGGUGCUGGAUUUUCAGUUCAUCAUGACCAAUAUCAAAAGCCAUUUGCUCACUAAGCAAGUACAAUCUCACCUGAUCGAGACGGCUCAAGGGGCAACCAGUGGUCGAAGGGUCAGCUUUCCCUAUUUCAUUGCAUUUAAUUCGUUGUUAAACAACAUGGAGUUGGCAAAGCGUAUUUAUUUGAAUGUGACAAACGGGCACAGGACGCAGGAAGUGACGAAGGAAGAGUUCAUGCAUUCGGCACAGGCGAUGUCGCAAAUGACGCCCCUCGAAGUCGAUAUUUUGUUUCAACUAUGUGAUGUACUUCACCAAACGGGUAGACAGUUAAAUAGCGAAGAGAACCAAGUAUGGGACGGGCGGAUCGUUUAUAAUGACCUUAAUGCCAUCGCACCGGAACAAUAUUAUAAACAAAUCACGAACCGGCUCGCCGAAAUACACGCCGUCUCUAGUCCCGAAGAUCGAGGAGUUUUUAUACAAGUCUUGGAAAGCAUGUACAGGUUUACGCUAGGCUCAGUGGCAGGAGCGGUUGGCGCUACUGCCGUUUACCCCAUCGACUUGGUAAAAACCCGUAUGCAGAACCAGCGAACGGGCUCAUUCAUUGGCGAAUUAAUGUACAGAAAUAGUAUCGAUUGUUUCAAGAAAGUGAUACGCCAUGAGGGCGUUUUUGGUCUCUAUCGUGGUCUCGUACCACAAUUAAUGGGCGUAGCGCCCGAAAAAGCCAUCAAACUGACGGUGAACGAUUUCGUGCGGGAUAAAUUCUACGACAAAAACGGCAACAUCUCGGGGAUUGGGGAGGUGAUCUCGGGGGCAGCGGCCGGAGCUUCGCAAGUAAUUUUCACAAAUCCGCUGGAAAUCGUCAAAAUCCGGUUGCAAGUCGCCGGCGAAAUCGCCGGCGGUUCGAAGGUCAGGGCGUGGCACGUGGUCAAAGAGUUGGGGCUUUUUGGGCUCUACAAGGGCGCGAAGGCCUGUCUGCUGCGGGAUAUCCCCUUCAGUGCGAUUUACUUCCCGACUUACGCUCACACGAAGGCGAAAUUCGCCGACGAGACCGGUUAUAACCACCCUUUGUCCUUGCUAGCGGCUGGGGCUAUCGCCGGUGUGCCGGCUGCCGGGCUGGUGACCCCAGCCGACGUCAUCAAGACCCGGCUCCAGGUGGUGGCAAGGGCCGGGCAGACCACCUACAACGGGGUGUUUGACGCCGCCAGGAAGAUCUACGUCGAGGAAGGGUUUAGGGCCUUUUGGAAGGGCGCCAUUGCGAGAGUGUGUCGGUCGUCCCCGCAGUUUGGUGUGACGCUGGUGACUUACGAGGUUUUGCAAAGAAUGUUAUAUAUUGAUUUCGGCGGAACGAGACCCGCUGGGUCCGAAUUGAAGGUCACGGCGUUGGGUGGGGACGCCCCCAAGUUGCAGAAGCCGGACCAUGUCGGGGGUUACUCAGUCUCCAUACCAGUCUUCUCAGGAAUUGAAACUAAGUUUGGUCUUUGCCUGCCAAAGUUUAGUGUACAAAGGGCAGCCUAAUUUUUUAGUACUGUUUUUCGAAAAUGUUUAGCUUCGAUCACUGGCUGCCACGUUUUCGAAUUUUACUCUGUACAUAGAUGAGAUUGUUAUACAAAAAGUAUGCUUUAUUCCUUUUUAAGUUACAAAUGAGGCAAUAAAUUUAUAAUUGCGUUGUUUCUCAGACUUGGAUUGCUUUCGGAAAGGAAGUGAUGGCACCAAAUGCAUAACAAAGUUUUUUAUUUUUUAAUAUUUUAUUCCUACCUUGUUCUUACUUCAGAUUUUAUUAAAACACUCUUUAAGAUUCUAUUUAAUAAAGUAUACACAAUAA